AUGGAGAACUCUCAAAUGUCACAAACAGCCACCUCUUACACGGCGCGUCUGGAUCGGACUUUGAAAACACUACAAGGAAGAGUCAAAGAGCAGGAAGCUGCAUUAGAAAAGCUUCGAAUAUCUACAGCUUCCAUCGAAACUGAACCUUCCUCUGACCCUAAGUCUCAUUUACUCCAGCUACAAGCGCUCGAAGCUGCUUUCAAGACUCUCAUACCUCAAGAGCCAUGGCUUCCGCCUGUAGACUCUCCUUUACCAGCUCUUUUAGCUCUGCGCGCCACGCACCAAUGUGUCAAGGAAAGUCAAGAAUGCACGACUGAAACCGACACCGAGCUCAAGGAGACCCAGAAGCGGCUCGAGAAAGAGCAUGCUGAUCUCAGUGAUGCAAAUCUUAUUGAGGCAGAUCUUACCAGCCGAAUUUCUUCACUUCAAGCAGAGAUAGAUGACCGAACCCAAAAGUCACCUGGUCAGGUCGCAAAAGAGAUGAUACGCGAAUUAAAGAAGAAGAAAACUUAUUAUGAUAGCGAGACUGGGAAACUGGUCAAAGCCUUUAACAGGUUCAUAGACGAGCAUCUUGCCCCAAUGCUUGCCGCUGAAGAGCUCGGGGGACCUAUCGUGGGGGAAUUACUGGACGUUGACGAAGUUAUGCUCGAAGCUGGAUUCAGUACUCAGGGAAAGGCAAAAAAAGCAACGGCCAAUCCAGAUGAUGCUAAACGGCAGCGCCGUAUCGACGAGAUAUGGGGUGCAAGACCAGAAGAAGACAGACGGUCUAAGGAGCCUUGGGAUGAGAAACGAGCGGCUGCGACAGAAAUGCGGGAGCUGACAGAGGAGCUUCUCAACAGCUUAGUCGAAGCAGGUGGGACCGGGCCGGGGGCUUAUGUGGAACUUCGAAGUGAAACUGCAGCAGCAAGAUUCCUAGUGAGGUCAAAGGUUGCUCAAUUUCAUCCUAGGGAUGCUAGGAAGCUUCGCUUGGUAGAUUUUGGGGGCGAUUUCGAUGAUUGA